AUGAGGCGCAAAAAAAGCAACAUUCUAUCCCUGGAGGCUCGCGUGUUGGAGAAGAGGGAGCAGGUACAAAAAACAGCAAGACGGCUAGCGAGGGAAAAGCAGGAUUUCUUGAGCGGCAACUUUGUGAGAACGUGGAGAACAGGUUUCAACGCCCUGAAGGCUUCCGAGCAGGACAACAGAAUGAGUGAUAAGCAGCUACCCGUGCGCAGCCACUCUCUUGUGGACAACGAGGUAUGGCAAAUGGCUGAGAUCCGACGAUGGUUCGACUCGCACAGUUCGCCGCAGGCAAUUGACGGUUUCAAUCCCCUGGCUUCCGGGUACACCAUGUCUUCAGACAAGAACGGGGCUUUGCCUCCUCUUUUGCGGAUCCAGCGGGUUCCCACGCCAAAAUGGGCUGCGGCCGAAGACAGGAAGAUCAUCGAGAAAUCGCGGGAUAAGCGCGAACAGGCUAUGAGAUUCAGCGAGCUCCAAGACCGGCAUUUCGCUGAUUUUGAGGGAAACCUUGACGUUCAGCGGGCGCGAACUGCCGUUUUGGCCUCACGGUUGAAGCCCCCGAAGGGUUGGGGCCCUCAUCACACCCACGUAGCGGGGUUCCGCACGCCUCCUUGGAAAGAACGCCCGCCACAAGAGGCCCCCCGCUACAAACCUCCACAAGUGUUUCGCGACAGGGACAUUUUUCUCCAGGUGACAGGCCCCUCUGUAGCGUUCUUAUCCAUCCCAUAGCACGAGCAGCUCAGUGGGCUACCCAACGGGGUUCAACUUGUUCGUGCCGACGACGUGUAUCACUCAUCUUCCAUGUCCGCAAAAGAGUGUGAGCUGUUUGCAUUGUCAGCGCUUCUGCUUGCUCUUCUCUCUUUUCAUAACGACAGCCAGGUAGACCGUUUUGUCCCAUUGGUCAUUUCGUCGGCAUACUCAAGCAUGCAUGUGUGAGUACUGUAGCCCCCGAAGACACAAAACGUCCGGUGGUCAUCGAUCCUGCGAUGCGUAGCUUAACAACGAACACCACUAGCCGUGUGCAACCGUUAUUCAUUCGUCGGCAUGAUCAAUAGAUUGGUGUGUAGGGCCAGAAGAAACCAAAAGUCAUCGAUCCUCAGCACCGUUGCUGAACACAACGAACACACACCACCGUGUGCGACCGCCGCCGGCAGGCGGGCGGGGGGCUAGAAACCUACAACGCCAACCGGAAGGAGACCAGGCGACGGGCUGCUGCCAUGACGGCGGGAUCAGACAUAUGGCACGCAAGCGCUGCACAAUAGCAGCCAACAUGUGUGCCACAGUAGUAGCGCAGGCACGGCGAGAGGGACAGAAACAUAGAGACCAAGGACUUCGGGCAUGGCCACGAGGCCUGUUGCUGGCCACCACUUCGAGUGGAGCCUUCGCAGAAACGACGGUCUGGAGCACGUGUGCCGAUCGACUUAGCACGGGGGGGGGGCGAUAGCGCACUAACGGCGUAUCCACACAGCUCCUCCUUAGUCGCA